CGCACGUGCGUCCCGAGAGGACGUUACGUCACCCGGGAGAGCUGAGAAGCCGGGCUGUGGCGCCGUGGUGAAGGAGCCUUACAGACAGUAUGUCUCAUCUACCGAUGAAACUCCUGCGCAAGAAGAUCGAGAAGCGGAACCUCAAGCUGCGGCAGCGAAACCUAAAGCUCCAGGGGGCCUCCGACGUCAGGCUCUCAGAAACUCAAAAUGGAGAUGUGUCUGAAGAAACACUGGGAGGUGGAAAAGUUAAAAAAUCCCUAAAACAGUCUAAUAAUUCUAUGAAUGUGAGUUCAUCAGAAGCCCAAAAUGGAGAUAUAUCUAAAGAAACAGUAGAAAAUGUAAAAGUUAAAAAAUCCCCCAAGAAAUCUACCGUAUUAACCAAUGGGGAAGCAGCAACACAGCCUCCUAAUUCAGAAUUAAAAAAGAAGAAGAAGAAGAAGAAGAGAAAAAUGGUGGAUGAUGCUGGGCCUGAUACCAAAAAAGCAAAAACUGAAGACAAAGGGGAAUCUGAAGAAGGCGCCCAGGCUCCUGAACAAACAGAAAACAGCGUGGAGAAGCCAGGUGAUGAGGAGGAUGACAGUGAAGUGCCCAGCCUGCCCCUGGGACUAACAGGAGCUUUUGAAGAUACUUCAUUUGCUUCUCUGACUAAUCUUGUCAAUGAAAACACUCUAAAGGCAAUAAAAGAAAUGGGCUUUACAAACAUGACUGAAAUUCAGCAUAAAAGUAUCAGACCACUUCUGGAAGGCAGGGAUCUUCUGGCUGCUGCAAAAACAGGCAGUGGCAAAACCCUGGCAUUUCUCAUCCCUGCAGUUGAACUCAUUGUUAAGUUAAAGUUCAUGCCCAGAAAUGGAACAGGAGUCCUUAUUCUCUCACCUACGAGGGAACUGGCCAUGCAGACUUUUGGUGUUCUCAAGGAGCUAAUGACACACCAUGUUCAUACAUAUGGAUUAAUAAUGGGGGGCAGUAACAGAUCUGCUGAAGCACAGAAACUUGCUAAUGGGAUCAACAUUAUUGUGGCCACACCAGGCCGUCUCCUGGACCAUAUGCAGAAUACCCCAGGGUUUAUGUAUAAAAACCUUCAAUGUCUGGUUAUUGAUGAGGCUGACCGUAUCUUGGAUGUUGGGUUUGAAGAGGAAUUAAAACAAAUUAUUAAACUUCUGCCAACACGCAGACAGACCAUGCUCUUUUCUGCCACACAAACCCGAAAAGUUGAAGACCUGGCGAGGAUUUCUCUGAAAAAGGAGCCGUUGUAUGUUGGUGUUGAUGAUGAUAAAACUAAUGCAACAGUGGAUGGUCUUGAGCAGGGAUAUGUUGUUUGUCCCUCUGAGAAGAGAUUCCUCCUACUCUUUACAUUCCUUAAGAAGAACCGAAAGAAAAAACUAAUGGUCUUCUUUUCAUCCUGUAUGUCUGUGAAAUACCACUACGAAUUGCUGAACUACAUCGAUUUGCCUGUCUUGGCCAUUCAUGGAAAGCAGAAGCAAAAUAAGCGCACUACCACGUUCUUCCAGUUCUGCAAUGCAGAUUCAGGGAUAUUGUUGUGUACAGAUGUGGCAGCUAGAGGGCUGGAUAUUCCUGAAGUUGACUGGAUUGUUCAGUAUGACCCUCCAGAUGACCCCAAGGAGUAUAUUCAUCGUGUGGGUAGAACAGCCAGAGGCCUAAAUGGAAGAGGGCAUGCCUUGCUCAUUUUGCGCCCCGAAGAAUUGGGUUUCCUUCGUUACUUGAAGCAAUCCAAGGUUCCAUUAAGUGAAUUUGAGUUUUCCUGGUCCAAAAUUUCUGACAUUCAGUCUCAGCUUGAAAAAUUGAUUGAAAAGAACUACUUCCUUCAUAAGUCAGCCCAGGAAGCAUAUAAGUCAUACAUUCGAGCAUAUGAUUCCCACUCUCUGAAACAGAUCUUUAAUGUUAAUAACUUAAAUUUACCUCAAGUUGCUCUGUCAUUUGGUUUCAGGGUGCCUCCUUUUGUUGAUCUGAACGUGAACAGCAAUGAAGGCAAGCUUAGAAAGAGAGGAGGCGGUGGUGGAUUCGGCUACCAGAAAGCCAAGAAAGUCGAGAAGUCCAUAAUCUUCAAACACAUCAGCAAGAAAUCCUCUGACAGCAGGCAGUUCUCUCACUGAAGACACUCCUUUCAUCGUGAAUAGCUUUGUCCUGAAAUGGAUUUUUUCUCUUUGCUCUAACAAAGGAAUGUUUGUAACUGUAGGAUCUGGUGGCCUGCUCUGACGAGGGUAUAAGUGGACUUGGGUUGCAAGCACUAAGACUCUUAUUCCCAGCGAGUCAGUCUUAUUUCAGGAAUAUAAAACAGUCCAGUUUUUCUUGAUUGCCCAAGGGCAAAGCAAGGGAUCUUUUUGGUCUUUGUUAUGAUGAUAGAACAUUUUAAGUUUAAAUCUUUUUCCCCCCAAAUUUGUCAUUGUUUUAAU